UGGAGCGCACAGCACAGCGGACACGCCAAACUCAUUCCUCCACUGGACUCUCGUUGACUUGACCUUUAAUCUGAAUGAGACUCUUUGGAGGACGGACACGGAAACAUGGAGGGCCCGCGCUGUGUUUUAUCUCUACGGGGAGCUGUAUCUGUAUUUUUCUGUGCUGUGCUCCUGGAGCCCGGGACUGCCGGUAUGCCGCCUUUUUUCCCCAUGAGUCAGCUUUGUAAGUUCUGUGAUCUGGAGCCUUCCUCCUGUAGUGGUACAGGGACCUGCAUGUCCAACUGCUCCAUCACAUCCAUCUGUAUCGAGAGCACCGAGGUCUGUGUUGCUAUCUGGAGGAAGAAUGAGACAGGCUUCUCCAUCGAAACUCUCUGUCACGACCCGUCCAAGCCACUGUAUGGCAUUAUGCUGGAUAACUACAACAGCUCCACCUGUGUGAUGAAGGAGAAGAACACAACGAGUGGGAUGGCUCACUUCUGCUCGUGUACUCACGAGGAGUGUAAUGACCAACUGUUAUUCUCUCCCAUUGUGGAUCCAACUCCGGACGAUCCGUUGUUGUUGGUGAUUCUGGUGAGCUUGCUGCCCCUGCUGGUGAUGGGGAUCGUGGUUGUGGGAAUGUUCUACUGGUAUCGAGCCUGUCGGCAACCUGUGACCAGCCCAGAAUGGGACAGCAGAAUUAAGAAGCGCAAGCCAAAAGCGGGUGGGCUGGACUGCAGCGACGCCUGCGCCAUCAUGAUGGAUGACGAUGGGUCAGACAGCAGCUCGACGCACGCCAACAACCUGAACCACAACACUGAGCCCCUGCCUAUAGAGCUGGAUCUGCUGGUGGGUAAGGGUCGCUUUGCCCAGGUAUACAAGGCUAAGCUGAAGCAGACCACCUCAGAUCAGUUUGAAACAGUGGCUGUGAAGAUCUUCCCCUACGAGGAGUACGCUUCCUGGAAAAACGAGAAGGACAUCUUCUCCAAUACAGACCUCCGACACGAGAACGUUCUCCACUUCCUGACAGCUGAGGAGAGGAAGGUGGAGAAACAGUACUGGCUCAUCACUGCCUUCCACCCCAGAGGAAACCUACAGGAGUACCUGACGCAUCAUGUGAUCAGCUGGGAGGAGCUGCAGGUGCUGGGCAGCUCUCUAGCCCGGGGUGUCGCCCACCUCCACAGUGACCGCCUGCCCUGUGGACGCCCUAAGGUGCCCAUAGUCCACCGAGACCUGAAGAGCUCCAACAUCCUGGUGAAGAACGACCUGACGUGCUGCCUGUGUGACUUUGGGCUGGGACUCAGCCUGGACAGCAGCCUGUCUGUGGAUGACCUCGCCAACAGUGGACAGGUGGGCACCGCACGUUACAUGGCUCCAGAGGUGCUGGAGGCCCGACUGAAUCUGGAGAACACAGAGUCCUUCAAACAGACUGACAUUUACUCCAUGGCCCUUGUGCUUUGGGAGAUGACGUCGAGGUGUGAAGCUGUUGGAGAGGUGAAGGAGUACGAGCCUGCGUACGGCUCUAAAGUGCGUGAGCACCCCUGUGUGGAGAGCAUGAAGGACAACGUGCUGAGAGAGAGAGGAAGACCUGAGAUCCCCGACACCUGGCUCAGGCAUCAGGGUGUGGCGGUGAUCUGCGCCACCAUCAUGGAAUGCUGGGACCACGACCCAGAGGCCCGACUCACUGCCCACUGCGUCGCCGAGCGCAUCUCCGAAUUGGAGGACGAGAUUGACAAACUGUCCAGCCGCAGCUCCUCAGAAGAGAAGAUCCCAGAGGAGCUGAAGAUCCCGAUACAGGUGGAGAUCCCGGAGGAGGUGGUGAAAAUCACAGAAAUACAGGACGUCAUAGCUGUGGACUGCUCCGUGAGCGACGAGAAGUGAGAGGAAGCUCUACAUCUUCAUGGACUCUGAGGGAGAUUUUUUUUUAACAAAGGCACUUAUUCCACUUUGAUGGGAUUGAAGAGAUAACUCUUAGCAGUGAUGUUCAGGAGUUGAGCUCCUGCGUCCUAGGACUGAGUUGAGUGUGUCAAUUGUGUUAUUCUAGCCCAGCAAAGACAGACCCUGGGUGAUGCUUUUGGACUUCACCGCAUCUAAAAUGUAACAACUUGCCUUAAACAGCUAAAAAACAAAAAGCUGAAGAACCAAAAAGCCAAAGUUAACUGGAAGCUUCCAAAGAUAUGCUAAACAUGGAGACAGGAUUUUUGUAGGAGUCAGACAGGAUUUUUUCUGAGCAAAAAGGUCACUUUCUUUAUGAGACCUAAAUAUGGCAAUAACUAUUAAACCAAAGACAUUUGAUGUGCACUUUACCAUGUGAUACGUACACUUUACAGAUGUUUGUCAUUUUUUAUAUUUUCAUGUACUCUAACAUGUUGAAGUUAAGGGGAGUUUUUGCCCUAAAAGUGCCUUUGAGUGUCUGACUUUGAGCCAGCAGAGAUGUCUCCUUAACACUAAUGAUGCUAUGGACUCCCUCCUCGCCAGCAGGAAUCCGUGUGUGUGUGUGUGUGUGUGUGUGUGUGUGAAUGAGUGUAUGUUACCUUGUUUUUACCCAGCUAUACCUAAACCUUGUUUGCCAGAUAAACAAGCACAAUGUACAUAGAGACAAUAACUGUACAUAAGAGACAAAUCAGCCAAAAAGGGAAUGUAAUCCUACUACUUAUCUUUGAAUGAGAUGUAUUUUUUAAAACAUUUUGUAUGUUUUAUGUUUAUAUCAAUAGGAAAUUGAGGAGUGUGCCAAAUAUCCUUUACGCCGCCUUACGUGUGUGUCAUAUGUAAAAUAUUGUAAAUCUUUUAUGAAUUAAAGAUAUUUCCGUAUACUAA